UUUCGAUAGCCGAAAAAUAAAAUGCAAUAACUUAGCUAUUUGUUUAUAAUUCAUGCUGUUCCUAGUCAUAAAUUAAUUUUAAACAUUAGUAGCCAAGGCUACACCUUCUGACUUGCGUCGGUUCAUAUACAGUUUGUGGACCUGCUGACUUUUCGGAUGUAAUUAUCCUCCUCCGAUGUCUAGGAUGAGCGUUCCUAAGUCUCAUUGCCCCCAUAUUUCUACUAUUGGAAAUAUUACGAAGUACGAUGUUAUCGCUAAACAAAAUUCCUGCUGUGAAACUUGUAAGGUGGAAGGUCCUACCUUAUGGGUUUGUCUCCAUCAUGAUUGCUUGUUUGUUGGAUGCAAUGAUAGUACCUUUGAUAAUCACUGCAUGAAACAUUUUGAGAGGAAUAUUGAGCAUUGCUUAUUUCUGCAUUUAACUUUCCUGCAUGUGAUUUGCUUAUUAUGCGAAAACGAAGUUUAUUUGGAAAAUAAUGAUCCUCCAGUGCCUGGACUAAUUGAAUCACCACCUAUGGUAAUAGCUUCAUAUGAUUCUGAUGAGGAAGCAGCAGAACCUGAUGAAAAUUUCAAGCCAAGAGGCUUAACUGGUUUACAGAAUUUGGGCAAUACUUGCUAUAUGAACUCAGCUCUCCAGGCACUCUCAAAUUGUCCUCCGCUUACUCAAUUUUUUUUGUAUUGUGAAGCAUAUAUUCCUUCUGAUAAGAAACCUGGUUUAGCCAGGAGUUACAUGAGGCUUAUAAAAGAAAUGUGGCACGAGAAGAGGCCUAGUUAUGUUGUUCCUACUGGCAUAGCAUAUGGCAUGAAAGUUGUAUGUCCUGUUUUCAGAGGAUAUGCUCAACAAGAUGCCCAGGAGUUCUUACGAUGCUUUAUGGAUCAGUUACACGAAGAACUAAAGUACCCUGUUUUUGAAAUGCCAGAUAGCUCUCCAUCAUCUCCUGAUAGUCAUAGGGAAUUUAAUGAUAAUCGUGGAGAUUCUGACAUUCCAGUAUCAGAAGAUUCUAGUAAUUCCGAAGAUGAUUAUGAAACCUGCGACUCUGCUUUGAGUGAAAAGAGCUCUGGCUCCGAUGAAGCUGUUGAUUCACCAAAACCAUUACGCAAGAUGUUAUCACCAGAUGAAACAAUCCAUGCAUUAGUUCAUCCAUCUAUACGAAGAAAGGAAAAGUCAUCUCGUUCUAUUCAUAAAAUAGUAGUCGCUACAUCAUCUGAUCAAGACUUAAGCAGUCAGAAAGAAAUUGUAGGCGACGUGCCAACACCAAGUGAUAUUUCUGAAAAAAAAGGUGAUGAAAAUAAGGCAUAUAUAAAAGAAGGUGUGUAUCUAACCAGAUCUGAAACUGAGAUUUUAAAUGCUGAGAUUCAAGAUAUUGAUCUUGAAACAAUGUCUGUGCAAAGUGGAUUGACUACACGUUGGGUUCAUCAUUCAGCUUUGAAUUCCCUUAUUAAAAGACGGAAGCCUGUGUACUAUCGAAGCAUUAUAUCAGAUAUAUUUGAUGGGAAGAUUUUAAGUUCUGUACAGUGUUUGACCUGUGGUAGGGUACUUGCUACUAAGGCUCUAAAACCUAAAAACCGAGCUGACGCAUCAACUACUUUUCCCCCCCUCCCUGGCAGCAGUUGCACUAAAGCAGUGCGAAGGAUACUGGGAUACGUCACUCUGGUUGCACUAAGUGAGUGCUUAUACAAGACUUUCUUUGGCUCAUAUCCCGGCAUCGCUUGA